UGCCCCUUGCACCAUUCUCCUUUCCCUCCACCCAUGCAGAGCGCUUCAGAGAUUAGGGAGUGGGGCUUGGAUGCCAGCAGUGUUGGGCAAACCUGUUGACUGGUUCCGCUCCUUCCUCUUGCAGGCUGGGCUGUUGGGCAUUAAGGGGUGAUGUCUGACGUACCUAAGCAGGUGGAAGUUGGGAGCUCAGAGGACAUUGGCUUUGAGGAGGAGGAUGGGACCUUGACUGGUGUCUCCACCAUGCAAGAAGAGGUUGAAUCUGAAGCAACCUCUGUUUCUUCUGGAGAAAGCGGCCCGCCAACCCCGUCUGCAAAUGGCUACCCAGGUACCAGGAAUCGGAACGCGUUUAGACAGAGGCAGAUCUGCCACGCACUAGGACCCCGAAGCAAAGAGUCGCAAGGAACUAUAGGGGAGCCGGCAGGCGAAGUUGGCGAGGUGGGGCAAGAUCGGCUGAGCUCUUCGCAGGCUCCCAGCCCCGAGUGGCACGAAUGCCCUGAAUGCGGGCGUGGCUUCGGCACUUCCCGAGCUCUGAAGGUGCACCGUAGCUACCAUGUGGGGCGCAAACGGCCACACAGCGGCUCCUCAUCCUCCAAGCCGCCUCCUAUGACCCUUUCCGGCAACCUGGAGAGCCGGGAAGGGCGAACAGCUCCGCCUCCUGGCCGGGGCGGAGCUUUCCACUACAUCUGUGCCGAGUGUGGCCUGGGGUUUGCUUCUCCCGCCUCACUGGAGGCGCAUCGCUGUGAACACGGCUGGCGCCGCAGCCCUCCAGCCACGCCCCGCAACAAGCUCCCCCCUUCUCCUGCCCCAAGGGAGGCCAACGGCGAGCAGGACACAGAGGGGGCUGAUGGACCGUACCACUGCACCGAGUGCCCGGGGGAGUUCGGCUUGGUGUCAGAACUGCAUGAGCACUACAUGCUCCAUGCGCGGGGAGAGCUGUAGAUCGCUUCGCGCCCUGCUCUUCUAGUAUAUGGCACCGGCCAAGCGAUUGGUCUGGCUAGGACUCUUAAGAAGUGAAUCGGAAACCCCUGACCUCCUUCACUUUUUUUUAGUUCCUUUUUAGUUUUUCUUUUCUGUAUUUUAAAAAAAAUAAUUUUUGCUGCGGGGGCAGGGGAGGGAAACAACACACUCCCGGGGCUGCGCAGAACAAUCCCCUUCUGUGCAUUCUGCCUCUGCCGAGUGGGUGCAGGAGCCGUGGAAGUCCCCCGGCUCACCCACAAGGAAGAGGGGUGCUGCCUCCUCCCCCCCAUUCAUAGGACCCCCCCACCCUCCUCUAAACCUAAUGCCAUCGAGACCUUGGCAUUGCUGCCAAGGGGAGACCCCCUGCGCGGGGUCUCUUGCGUUAGGAGUGCGAGUCCAAUGGGCCUCGUAACUCAUCCUCACUACGGGAACUGGGCAAGACUUGACACAGGUCUGUUCCAAGGUCAGGGGGGUAGGAGGAGGAUUGGAAACGCUUGUCUUCUAAGUGCCAGGUCCAGUCCUUCUCCUCUCCUCGUGUCCAUUGCCCUUUUACGCUUAGACUGCCCCUUCCCCACUUUGGUGCCCAGUCUCGCUGUCAUCCUGCUUGGUACCCGGGGCGGGGGAAAGAUCCAUGCUGAAUCGAAGCUGUGUUCUGUCUGUCUGUGUGUGCGUGCGUGUGUGCGUGUGUUUGGCUUUUGCGGGAGCAGCUUUUGGAGACAGCAUCAAAUCGGUAUAAAUCAUGGAUAUUAACGGUCCCCACAGUAGCUGGGAGAUUUGUCUUAAUAAAAGUGAUUCUGUACGUGUGACUCCUCA